AUGAACAACAAUUUGUAUGAUGCGGCUAGAAACGGACAAUGUAAUGACAAAGUAAGUUAGAAAUGAGUGACACGAAAAAAAUCAAAUAUAAAUAAUGUCAGUAUACUUUCAAUUUUUCAGUGUCGCUUGUUGAAGUCGCUUUUGCGACAGCCUCGAUAUCAAAGUCGACAACCACUGAAAGAAGUUGACUUCAACCGGACAUUUGGCGAAAAUAGUAGGGUGAGAUUUUAACUUUUCCACGAAAUUAGUUACUCAUAUAAAUUGGAUCAUGAAUUAUUUUGAAAACUGUAGGCAAACAAUUUUGUUUUUUUUUAAUUUUAAAAUUGAACUCGAAAAUUUUGAGGUUAAGAAUUUCAAAACAAAAACAAAUUCUUGUUCCAAUUUAUAUGAGUUAGGCAUGAUCUUUUCAUCGAAAUUUUAUAUUCAAGACUAGCUGAAAUUUUGGUGAAAAGUGUCCAUGUUAACGUCAGACUUUCUAUGAAAAUCCAUUAUAUUUUUCAGAUCAUUGGGUAUCCACUCUAUUAUUUUUAUAAGCACCCAAGUUUUCAUGAUUUCAUGGAAACAUUAUUGAUUGACAAAAACCAGCAUUUGUCAUUGGAAUGCUUGCGGCGAGCAAAAAGCGCCUAUAAAAAAAAUCCAUGCGCUUGUCGCAUGGUUUUCGAACAGAUGACUGAUGCCUUUCCCGUGAGACCAAGAAGAAGUCAGAUUGUUGAUUGGGUAUUUAAUGCCAUUUAUGAAGAAGUGAGUAGAGAAACCAGACAAAAGUAAAAUAUGAUUUGUUUUUUUUUAGGAAUUCGGAGAUAUUCAGGAGGCGGAAAUCAUCAGAAAACUGAAAAUAAUAAAAGUAAAAGAGGAAGUCAUAUUGGAUUAUUGUCUGGCGAAUGGGGUUGAUAUGAAUGCGGCGCAACGAGCCUGGAUUGAGUGA